AUGCUGAACACUUCAAUGUUUACGGAUGACAAGUUAACCACUGAUGACAGUGAUGAUGACCAGGAUGUCAGGUACUACUUAUAGUCGUAUUUUUAAUUGACAUCUGGUUUUAUUACUUUUAAAAAAUAUGCAGUUUGUUUACAGCAGCUAAAAUGUGUCUAUAUUUAUUUUUAAAUAAUUUCAUUCUACUUACAGUUUUCAUGACCUUACCAAGUCAGUGAUUGAGGAAUUGAAUGCUGAUGAAAACAUGGAAAGGGACAAUAAUUCAAAGUAUGAUAUAUCCAUUAUGUUAUACGGUCAGCAUUUAAAUACAAGCCUUAGAAUGUCAAAAUGGAUGAAGUUUACAAGUAAAUACUGUAUGUUUAGGAAAUAUUAAGGGAUUUUCUGUUAAAGAUAUACUGAUAUACUUUCAGUUAUGUGCAUCCAAAUUCCAUAUAAGACCUUUUUUAAAUGUCAUAUCUGGUUUUCUUGUUGUAGUUCCACAUACAGUGAUGUUGAAAGCACAAUAGAUAGCGAUUCAACUGAAUCUGCAGAUGAAGGUGCUGGUAUGUACGAAAUGCCUGAUGACGAGACCUGUUUUGAUGAUGAGACCUGUUUUGAUGAUAAUGUGGAUGUCUCAUCCACAUUGCAGCAGGUACAAGCCACACCCACUUCCCUUAUUCCCUUUGGGCCACACCGCAAACUUAGUAGAGGAGAUGACAUGUAUGCUAUUAAAGAAGAAUAUAGAAUGGCACAGGACAGAAAAUUUGUCUGCACACUUAGUUUGUUUCUUGAGGUAUUUAAAACUCGAUGUCAGACACCUGGGUGUACUGCUGUACCAACUGUAAAAUACCACUUUGUUGGUAUGGCUCUCUUUGUGACCUCUACAUGUACAUUCCGUCAUAAGAACAAGUUUUGUUCCUCAGGCGAAGUCAAUAACAUUUUUGUCAACAAUCUCCAGACUGCUGCUUCAAUUAUACUCUGGAAGCCACUAUGCAAAAUGACACGCUUGGCAAAUUUUUUAAAUCUGGAAUUUCUGUCCAAGUCCAGCUACUACCGAUUUCAACGCCUCUAUCUGAUUCCUCAGAUAAAUGACUGGUGGUGCUGGAUGAGGCGAGAACUCAUCAGUGAAUUUUCAGGCCAGGAUGUUGUUGUUGGUGGUGAUGGUCAAUGUGACUCUCCAGGCUUCAAUGCCAAGAAUCUAUGCUACUUCAUGGUAGAGGUAAAUUCCAGUUAUAUUCUUGACAUUGAAAUCUUGGACAAGAGGCACGUUGGCCUCAUCUCAACAAAUAUGGAGAAAGAAGCAGUGAAGCGAAGCCUGGCUCGUCUUCAAGACGAUGUGAAAGUGGUCGAGUUGGUCACUGAUGCAUCUACAUCUAUAAAAGCAUUUCUUGGUAAGAUAAUCAGUAUUCUUUGAAAUUCACCUCAUUUGGUUAGGGGUUUUCAUUUAUUCAAAUUCCCCUCCAUUCAUUGUCAAAUUUUAGUAACCCUCUCUCAUCUAGAUCAUCGGAAACGACCAUUUCAAUUUUUAGUUUGUCUUACGUUUUUAAAAUUUAGAAAAAUCAACAGUGUAAUGGCCAUGUAGACAUCUCACCUUGCCAUGCCCCUUAAAUAUAUAUACGAGUUAUAAAUAUAAGAAAACCAAAAUUGAUUUAGACAACUCCCUGACAUCAGUUGUUGUAUUAUAUAACCCUGUUGGGAACAUUUGAAAACUUCAUAAUCCCCUGCAAUCAUAUCACCCCCCCCCCUCCCUAUGCUCUAAUAAAUGAAAGCCCCCUUAAAAACAGAGAAAUUACAGUUUUGCUGUUACAUGCAAGCAUUCGAACCCAUCCAUGAAUGAGUCUGGUGCAUCUGUGUUCUGUAUAAAGAGUAUUGGGUGUAUGGUAUUCAUUUCAUUCAUGAAGUUCUUGUUUAAUUAUUUUAGCAAAUGAAUACCCAGACAUGAUCCAUAGCUUGGAUGUUUGGCAUAAAUCAAAAAGCAUAAAGAAGUGUCUGGCUAAGGUUUGUACAGUAUAAGGUUUCCUUGUGAUGUGAUGAGUCAAGCCUUUGGUGUGUGUGAUAAAUAGAGAUUACUUCAUGGUUGAUGAGCGCGUACGAUUUUUAUGCACGAGUUGCGAAAAAUUCCUAUAAACGAACGAGUGAGCGGAGCGAACGAGUGAGUUUAUAGGAAUUUUUCGCAACGAGUGCAUAAUAAAAAUCGUACAAGCGAAUCAACCAUGAAGUAAUUUGUUUAUUAUAUGAGUUAUUAUAUAUUAGAGUGAAAUUUAAGUGCUGAACGAUAGACACAAUUCAAACCAAACGUUUCAAACAUAUAUAAUAUGCAUCAAAAAGUAUAACAAUAGCUACAACAAAUGAAUUAUUUCGCUUUAAAAUUCUUGUAUUAUUAUUCUCCUGUUGUUCAAUGAAUUCGCUUAUGGAUGGUGUCUCUGCGAAGCGUGAAGCCAUUUCAAAUCAAAAGUCGAAUGGACAUCUAAAAAAACUGAUUGUUGUUUUCUUGUACGCCAGUGGUGCGGCGGGAAAGUAAAUACGAAAUUUUUCACUAGUGACAAAUUCCGUACGUCCAGUGAGAAGGCUAAUACGACGUUCUUCACUAGUGGCGAAUGUGUAUGUCCAAUGAGAUCCUCAGAAAUUUUAGGAAUAUGGUUUUUAUUCGACAACUUUAUCGCGUAUAAAAUUCAAUACUCAUAUAAUAAACCCAGUAUUGUAAACCCAUGACUAAGUAGCCCCUAUGUAUGUAUGUAUGUGCAGUUUGGCAUAACAUGUUAUUGAUUUAUGACUUAUAUCAAUUUAGUUGGGUAAACCAAAAGCGAUGCACAAAGUGAAGGAUUGGGCAGCACACAUUAUCAGGCAUUUUUGGCAUUGCUCAAGUGCAUGCAGACAGGAUGAUGAAACCUCUGAUGAAGAAGCACUGAAAGUUAUGAAGGUAUUCUUGUAUUAUAACAGUAUAUGUAAAAUGUUAAUGUAUAUAUUAUGA